AACUUUGUCAACAAUCAAAAACUUCACUAUAAUUUUGGCAAAAAAAAAAAAAAAUAUUCACUAUAUUCGCAACUUGAUAUCAGCUAUGAAUUCUACUUUCACUAGAUACUCAUCUCCGGACUUCUCGCCGGAAUCGUCCUUAGGAUCUCCUCUCGAAUCCAUCGAAUCGAACUGCCUCGAUUUCAACUUCUCCUCGCUCCCGUUCGAUUUUAAUGACUCCGAAGAAAUGUUACUCUUCGACAUUUUAUCCGAAACCGCAGCAGCACCGCAUUUUUGUGACGAAAUUAAAGAGGAAGAGGUGAGUUCGAGUCCAAAAAGCGGAAAGGUCAAGAAAGAAAAGGCCUACAGGGGAGUUCGGAGACGCCCGUGGGGAAAAUUCGCUGCUGAAAUUCGGGAUUCGACGAGAAAUGGAGUUCGGGUUUGGCUUGGAACGUUCGAUGAUGCUGAGACCGCGGCCAUGGCUUAUGAUCAGGCGGCGCUUUCGAUGAGAGGGUCCACGGCGAUUCUUAAUUUCCCGGUGGAGAGAGUUAAGGAGUCGCUGAAAGAGAUGAAGUGUGGAGUUGAAGAAGGGUGUUCUCCGGUGAUGGCCUUGAAGAGAAAGCAUUCGUUGAGGAGAAAAUCUGUGAGCCGAAAAAGUAAGCAAAAGAUCGAAGAAUCGGAAAAUAUUGUGAUUUUCGAAGAUUUAGGUGCCGAGUAUUUGGAGGAAUUAUUGGGUUCAUCUCUGAGCGGUGGAUUUUGGUGAAGAUGGAAUUCUGAUCGAGAUCAUAGAUUUAUUAGAAAAUCGAUAAGUAUGAGAUUUUCGAGAUCUUGUUGUUGCAAUAGGCUGGUAGAGUACGAGUAGCGCCUUGACGGGGGAUAAGAGGUGAUAACACCGAACCCGGUCGGUAAAUUUGUUCAUAUAUUCUCGUAUAUCUUUAUUUGUUAAUCUGCUUGUAUCGUAUGCUCUUUGUUUUUCAUUAUGUUGAUGUAGGGUUUUAUUGAAAAUGUAAUACUUGUGGUUGCUUGAUUCAAGGCCAAGUAAUUUUCAUACUUCUCUUGACUUGUAUUUUCUCCUCUUUCUAUUAAAAGAAAUUUCUUUUUCUA